CCGAUCAGCUGACCAGGGUUGUACACAGUCAAUAUGGCGGUGUGGCCAAGACAGAUUUCCUGAGGAAAUCUUGAGUGGGGAUACAUGUUAAACAGAAUAAAACAUUACAGACUGAAGUCACUCUGGAUCAGGUACCAGGGGAAAUAACUUUACACCGAAAUGGAUCACAUUAACACACCAAAGGUUGAACAAGUCAAGUUACUUGACAGGUAUACCAAUAAGACGCCUGCAGCUGGAACUCUGUACUUGACUGCAACCCAUCUGAUCUAUGUAGAGACUUUGGCAGACGUCCGCAAAGAAACCUGGAUUCUGCACCACCACAUUGCCACUGUUGAGAAGCUUCCCCUAACCACCACUGGCUGUCCUCUGUUGAUUCACUGUAAGAACUUUCGGGUCGUACAUUUUAUUAUUCCCCGGGAACGAGACUGUCAGGAUGUGUACGUGUCUCUGCUCAAACUGUCCCAGCCAGCAAAACCCGAAGAGCUCUAUGCUUUCGUGUACAACCCUAAGCAGAAUGAAGCAGACAGAGGAGUUAGCUGGAGUACCAUUGAUUUAAAAGUAGACUACCAGAGAAUGGGGUUACCCAAUGAUUACUGGGAGAUAACUGACCUAAAUAAGAGCUAUGGGAUUUGCAGUACCUAUCCUUCUGAGCUCGCAGUUCCCAAAACCGCAAGCAAGACUACAAUAGUGGGGAGUUCAAAGUUCAGGAGCAGAGGACGGUUUCCUGUGCUGUCCUACUUUUACAAGGAGAAUAAUGCUGCUAUCUGCCGGUGUAGCCAGCCGCUGUCUGGUUUCACUGCUCGCUGUGUGGAGGAUGAGCAGAUGCUGCAGGCUAUCAGCGAUGCAAACCCAGGGAGCCCCUUCAUGUAUGUGGUAGACACAAGGCCAAAGUUGAACGCAAUGGCCAACAGAGCUGCUGGAAAGGGAUACGAGAAUGAAGAUAAUUACUCCAACAUUCAUUUCCAGUUCGUCGGUAUUGAAAAUAUACAUGUGAUGAGGAACAGUCUUCAAAAGCUGAUGGAAGUGUGUGAAAUGAAAUCUCCCUCGAUGAGCGACUUCUUGACAGGCCUGGAGAAUUCUGGCUGGCUGCGUCAUAUUAAAGCUAUGAUGGAUGCAGGCGUUUUCCUAGCAAAGGCAGUUGCAGAAGAAAAAGCCAGUGUUUUGGUGCACUGUUCUGACGGCUGGGAUCGCACUGCACAGGUCUGCUCCCUGGCCAGUCUCCUCCUGGAUCCAUACUACAGGACAAUCAGAGGCUUCAUGGUUUUAAUAGAAAAAGAGUGGAUAUCUAUGGGUCAUAAAUUUUCACAAAGGUGUGGGCAGUUAGAAGGGGACCCCAAAGAGGUGUCUCCGGUGUUCACCCAGUUCAUUGAGUGCCUUUGGCAGCUGAUGGAGCAGUUCCCAUGUGCGUUCCAGUUCAAUGACAGAUUCCUGCUGGAAGUCCAUGAUCAUGUAUACUCUUGCCAGUUUGGGAACUUCAUUGGGAACUGCCAGAAAGAAAGGGAAGAUUUAAAACUCCAUGAAAGAACCUAUUCAGUGUGGCCCUUUCUUCUGGAGAAGACAAUGCAAUACCUGAACCCAGUGUACAGAGGCUCCUCUGCAUUCGGCGUGCUGCAGCCCAACACGCUGCCUUUCAACUUUAAGUUUUGGUGUGCAAUGUAUAACCGUUUUGACAAAGGGAUGCAUCCAAAGCAGUCAAUUCUGGAUCACGUGCUUGCCUUGAUCAGCCAAAAAUCCGACGGGGAAGGGAAAGUAAUUGAACUUCAGAAUAAGAUAGGAGGUGGUUGUGGAGCCCUGACAAAGGAAGCCAACAAUCUCUCGGAUGCCCAGAACUCCCUUUCCCUCUCCACUCCCAAUAUCCCUCAGGACUGUGCAGGAGAGCCUGAAGUUUCUCUGACCAAUGGCACAGCAGGGAUGAAAGAGGAACUUUCUUCUGAUAGGUCCAGAGAACAGAAGGAGUCAAAAAUAGAAGCUCAUAAUUCAAUCAGCAAUGGCGAGACUCCAGUUCCCGUCAUCUCCAAGUCCAUCGCACAAGCAGAGGGCGUCUCUGUGGUUUCCAGUACUGCUGCUGAUGAGUAACCCUGGCAGCCUUACCUAACACUGGGGGUUUCGUUAGUCAGCAGAUACAAAGAGCAGGUGGGAACCCAGUAGCUGUUUGCACGUGGAGCUUUUCAUCCAGUAUUAAUUAUCUGCUGCAUUUUACUGUCUUAACAAAAGUGCCCUUGUGAACUACUCCUUAAUGACUUGCGUGUGUGAACAUCCAAACUUUGAGGUUAUAAUUGACCUCAGCAAUGUUCAGAAAACAUGAAACACUACAUUCAUAAGCAGGGGUCUAAGAGUCGGCGAUGUAAAGGUGAUACAGGUUCAAAUACGGUAUGACGGUGUUAAAGCUGGUCUGCUUCCAUUUAAAAAAAUAAAAUGAUUGAAUACCAGAGAAAUGCACAAAGUUUCAGCUAUUUUCUGCUUCUUAUACUAGUGAAAAAAAGCACUUGCAGGAAAACAUUUUCCGGGAGCACAAAAUAUGUUUAAUAUUACUAAAGGGAAUACAUUCCAGAUAUAGGGAGGGACCAAUUAUUAUUAUUUUUUCAUAUAACAGAUUGUGUUAUAUUUUGGAACUGCCAAAUUAGCAUUGCUGUUACAGUGUAGCCAAAAUGUUUGAGUGACUAACUAGCUUACUGUGUACUAACAGUAUUUAAGUGAUGUUGAGAUAAUUAGGAUAGUCUGUCUGCUGUUCUAUGCAAUGCCACAUUUUCAUCUUAAAGACUAAAUCUCAUUUAGAUGCAUGUAUCCUAUGGGUAAUGCCAAAGUGCAAUUUUAAUACGUUCUUAAUAAUGCAAUCUAUUCUUUUUAUUAUAUAGCUCACAUGCAUGUAAAGCAAGUGUCAUGACAACAUUUACAAGGGGAGAUAUAAAGUAUACCUAUACCAUAUUUGUAUCCAAACUUCCUGACUUAAGUUUGUGUCUCGAUAUGAUUAGCCAUUUUUGCUCCAUUUCAUUUGAAUAAAAGACACAAUAGAUAAACAACAUUAACGCCUUCAGAAACGGAAGCAUUCGGCUUUGGGCAUUGCUACUUUAAUGUGAAGUCCUUGUAGUCCACAUACAGAGAAAUUGAAUUUCUAAGCUGCCUGUUAUGCUGUCUCUAGUAGAUCGAUGCUCCCUUGCUGCUAGUAUAUUGCAAUAGGAAGUCUUAUGCUGCCAAAAUUAGUUUUACCGUGGCGUCCUAGAUUUUUGGAUAUAGCUUUGAAGUUUCUGUUCUGUUCUGUAGAAAGGGAAACAAAUAAAGUAGUUUUUCUGUUCCAGUAUUGUUAAAAAAAAUAUAUAUAUAUAUGUUUAUUCUUUUUAAAAUUAUUCUAUAAAAAUGUUUUUUAAAGUAUUAUUUAGCAAAGAAAUUUGCUUUGCAGAAGGGAUGUUCAUUAAAGAGUAUAGUUAGCACAAUUUCUUAAUUUUUACGUGUCUUUAUUCUUCCUUGAAAGAAAAUCUCUCUUGUAUAUAAGCUACUUCAUAAUUCAAGACAUUUAACCAAGCUUCUAAAAUCGUAUGCCAAGUUUUUCAGUUACAAUGGUAAUGCACCAUUGUUUUGUUUUCAGAAUUGGAUUGAUAAAGGGAAUUGCACAUAUACAUAGUGUUAGCUGGCAUAUACCUCUGUAUGUACCACAGGAAAAAGUCUGCUAUUUUCUAUAUUGUCUUGCAUUGGAGCUCACAGAUUUUCAUUUUUUUUCCCCUGUACCUGCUGAACUCUACUAAAUAAUAUAUGAUGUGUGGAUGAUUAGAUUCUGAUUUUUUUCCCCCAGAACUAUAAAACACUCAAUGGUAGAAGAGUAAUAAUAACAUGAACAGAAAUGUAUUCAUUGAUUUUUUGUGUGUGUCUAUAUAUAUAUAUAUAUAUAUAUAUAUAUAAGCAAAACAGGAAAGCAAAGAGCUCCUUUUACAUUUCCUGACCCAGUGUUAAAUUAGUACACUUUGUGUUUUGUGUGAUUUGUGCCAAGAAGGGAUAUAAGAUAAAAAAUAUCAAGUCUUAUCAUGAAUGAAUUCAUGCACUUUGCUGUCUUCCACUUGUAAAGCAGUGCCUGUUAAAUACAAGAUGUAGUAUUAUAAGGGCAGGACAGAGUGAUUGUUUAACUUCUUUCUCGCUGUGUGUUUAGUUUGUGUGGGGACUGCAUUUGUUACUACUUGAAAGCAAAGGGUAACUUUUCUGUCUAAAAGGUUAUCCGAAUAGAUUUGAGUCUGACCAGUGAUGAGCUUUACUGAAGGCUUAUGGCUUUGCAUUAUAGGCUCAAGGGAGGGGAAAUAAUUUACUGUAAGUCUUUUACAUUUUUUUAUUUUCAGUACUAGAAUUGACGAAUCUUGCUGAAACUAAUUGACUAGACUAUUCUGAACGCCUGUAAAAAGCAAAUAUGUGCUAAAAGGUGUUAAACACAGCUGAUCGUUCCCAUCACGGUUAAAUGAGAGUGAAAAGGGACACUGCAGCUUUCUGCAGAAUGACUGUAGCAAACCAAAAAUGAAUUGCUAGAUGAAUGUUGUUCAAUAAAAAUAAAAAAAAUCUGUGUACAUUUUCAAAAUUGUAUUUGCACUGCAGCAGUUUGUAUUGUCUUCAGUUAAACUACUGUACCCGUAUAUUUUGAUACUGUUGGCUACAGUACAAGCACACAAUGCUGGAAGUGGAGGGAUCAGUACUGUGGUCUUUGUAUAACAGUGUUUUAACUGCUCUGUGAUGUCAACCUCGCUUAAUAGGGACAUUUUUACACAUGCAGAAUCCACUGCUCCAUCUGAAAAAGGAAAGGGAAAACAUUAACAUUUUAUUAAUAUAAUUCGUUACAUUUUUCAUGUUAUUUUAAGAACACAUUUCCUGCAUAUUGCACUGUUUAGAGAUUUGUUUUUGCAUUGUAUUUCAUUAAAAACAAAAAAAGCACUGUAUGAUUUCAAUUUUAUUUUUCUUGUGAUUGUUUUUUUAAGCCGUGGAAUUUCAUUUUUUCUAAAGAUAAGUGUAAUAAAUAUGUACCAUGUCAUAUUUUA